AUGGCUCAAGGAUACGCCGUCUUCAUUGGCCUCAUUGUCAUCGCAGUUCUUUGCGUGGCAUCGUGGUUCUUCGCUCCCAAGGGAGAAAACCAAGUACUCUGGCGAUCUUCUGCCAUCCUGGCCAUCGUGAGCUGCUAUCUCAUGUGGGCUAUUACGUUCCUCGCUCAGCUCCAUCCCCUUAUUGCGCCCAGAAAAAACGGUAUCCGCGAAGAGUACCUCGAUUAG